AUGCCCCUAGCUCCCCCGUCCUACCCCCCCCGCCGGGCCACCCGCCUCCCCGCCCCCCCAUCUGUUCUAACGCUCCCCUUCAUAACCCCCCCGAGCCCCCCACACAAGACUCGCCCGCCCCCCCCCGCCCAGUCCCGGGAGCCCGCCGUCGCCCGGCCAGUCACGCUCAGCUUCUCCUCGCCCCACUCCGCCAUGAUGCCCUGCCAGUCCCGACCCGCUAGCCCUCGGCCAGGAGCACCCAACUCCCCGCGGGCGGCUGCCGCGCACCCUCCACCCCUCGGAGCCCCCCCCAAGACCGCCUCCGCCCCCCUCACUUCCCCCCGAACGACGUCCCGGCCCACCCGUCCCAGCCGCGUCACCUACACCCCCCCCGCCGUCCCCCACGCCAACGACAGCCCAAGUGCGCCCCGCCUCCACCAUCCACCGCCACAUGCCCGCCCCCCCCAACGGCCGCCCCCCGCCGCAUCCGGCAGGGUCGGCCCUAGCCCGCGGCGCCGACGCCCCUCCGCCGGCCGCCCCAGCGCCCCGCCACUGCCCGCGCCACCUCUCACUUCCCCAGACCACAGCCUACCGGAUGCCCCCAUUGCUGAACAGCCCCCUGGCAGUCUCCGACCACCCCCACGCCGACCCCCUGUCGCCCAUGCCGGCGGUUCCAACCCUCCCGCGCGCUCCGGCCAUACCUCUCCCCGCCACCCCCCAGCCCCCCCAUGGGCGCACCUCGCCGUCCUGCACCCUCCGCUCUCGCGGUUACCCACCCCCAGCUACCUCCCAACCCCCCGUCCCUCGACUCAAACGCCAGCCGCCCCGGCCGAACCACCAUACCUGAACGACCCGGCCCAUCCACCUCGCGUCCACCGCAGUCUUCCCGCCGCCCCUGUUCCGCCCCGCCGCAAUGCCAGGCCGCACCCCCAGUCCCCGCUCUCACCCGGCCUGCGCGCCCAGUUCCUUGCCACGAGCCUCGCGCCCCAUCCGCCCGCGCUCGCCACCCCGCGCCACCAGCGCCGUGCCCCCCCGGUCCCAUCAUGGCCGCGCUCCCGGCCAGACCCCCGAACUCCCGCCGCCCGCGUCCACCCUCGACUGCGACGCAAGGGCCCCGCUGAGUGGACCGGGGGUCCCGGACGCCCUAGGGCCCCUACCUCGCCACACCCUGACACACCCUCGACCGCGGCUCCCGCGGGGCCCUGUCUGACCCCGCCCCUCCCCCGCCCCACCCGCACACCCCGGCCAUCCUUAUCCCGCCCCCCUCCCCCCCGCCGGGGCCGGUGCCCGUACGCCCGCCCCCCCCUGCGCCCGCCCCGCGAAACUCCGCCCUUCCGUCCGCCAAUAUCCCGCCUCUCGCCGACCGCCCCCCUACCCCAGCACCCCGCCCCCUGUCCGCUUCCCCAACGCGAUAUCCCCCGCCACCCACCCACCAACCCGCAGGCCACACCAGUCCGCCACCCCCCCGCCCGGCGACCCCUCCCCCUACAGCGUCCCGCCGUCCACCAACCCCCCGCCGUGGCCGCCACGAGCACACCACUCACCUCGCCUCCCGCACUCCCCCACACCGUAAGCCCCUCGCCCCCUCCCCCCCGUCUCCCCCGCUCUCGCUCCAGCCCAGCCCGCCCGACGCACCCCACGCGCCCACACCCCACCCCGGGCGCUCGCUCGCUGCGCCCCGUCCCGAUUGCCGCCCCCGGGGCAGAUAGCGGAGCCCUGCCCCCCCCUCCGCGGGUCGGCCACCCGUCCGGGCCCGGCCAGGAUCUCAUUCGCCCCAGCCGCUGGCCAGGCCAGCGGAGACCCCGCCCCCCCCUACAUCACUCCAGCCGUACCGCUCCCCGCGCCCCCUCCUUCCCCUCUGGCGACCGAGAUGAAACUCCUGCGUCCCCCGCGGCCCCACGGAGCUGUGCCUGGCCCUCCGUACGGCACGAUCCCCCCAUCGCGGACGACGUCGGAGUUUCGACCCCCGACCGCGCCUACCGCGGGCCACCGCUGUCCCCUACCCUCCCCUCUCAGCCGCGCCCACCGCACUCUUCUCCCAUGCACGCCACCGUCCCCCCACCCGCGCCCGACCGCCGAGUCAACGCAGCGGCUCGGCCCCGCGCCACUCCCCCAUCACCGCGGUCCUUGCCGCAGGGUCGGAGAGCUUGA